UAAUCGGAAAAUUAGAUAAUUUCGAUGACCUUGACGAAGAUCAUAUUAAUAGUGUCUUGGCGCCCAAACAUUCCCAGACAAACAAGAUGAUUUAUAGAUGGUUGUUUAGCAUUUUUGCGCUUUUCAUUCAGAUUUUUGCAAACUAUGCUGAAGUAAUUCCUAUUUGGAAUAUUGGCCAUAUGGUCAAUGCAUUAUGGCAAAUUGAUCAAUUUUUGGAUCUCGGAGCAAAUGCUAUAGAAGCUGAUUUCAGUUUCGAUAAAUAUGGAAAUGCUGAAUGGACCUAUCACGGAUAUCCUUGUGAUUGUUUUCGUAGUUGUAAGAAAUAUGCUGCGGUUGAAGAUUAUCUUUCUUAUAUAAGAGAAUUGACAGAUCCAACGAGCCCAAAAUUUAGAAAGAACUUCGUCUUAUUGAUGAUUGAUAAUAAAAUAUCCGGGAUGAAUGAUAAAUUAAAAUAUAAAGCGGGAAGUGAUGUAGCUGAGAAAAUUAUACGUUAUUUGUGGUCAGGAUCAGGUAAUUCUAAACUUUGGAUUUUACUAUCAUUUCCUUAUACAACCGAUAUUGAUUUCGUAGUCGGAUUUAAGGACACUCUGAAGAAAAUGGGAUACAAUCAUAUGGAUUAUAAAAUAGGAUGGGAUAUUUCGGGUAACGAAGGUCUCGAAGUUAUUCGUAAAACGUAUGAGAAGUUAAAUAUCACUGGAUCAAUAUGGCAAGGUGAUGGAAUAACUAAUUGUCUACCUCGUUCAUCAAAACGUCUUUUGGAAGUUCUGAAGAAGAGAGAUUCUCAUAUCGAAUGGGAUUCGCUGAAUAAAGUAUAUUAUUGGACGUUGGAUAAAUGGAGUACCAUGAGAUAUUCACUCAGGGUUGGUGUGGAUGGAAUUAUCACUAAUUAUCCUCACAGGUUUGUUUAUGUCUUGUCAGAAAAAGAAUUUUCUUCUACUCACAGAUUAGCCACCAUCGAAGAUAAUCCAUGGAGAAAGAUACACAGAACAAAGAAAGUUGAAUAUAGUGAUCGCACCAUACUUGAAUGUGAAUACUCUCUUCUUGAUGAAGAAAGUUACUAUUCUGGUAUGGUGAGAUAUUAUAAAACAAUCAGGCCUUUAUUCAUUUCGAAUAAAUCAUCUAGAAAUUAAAAAGUUAAACAAUGCCUCGAAACGAAUUUGAGUUACUUGAUUUUAACUUUAAUAAAUUAAAUGAUAAAAUAAUAA